UUCACACUGCGCAUGUCCUGAUGUGAGUGAGGAAGUGCAGAGAAGCUGCUGCUGAAUCACACAGAGGCAAACCAACGAGCUGUUUUUAUCAAAUUUAAACAUGCUGCUGUUACAAACCGCAUAAACCCAACGACAGUGUUCCAUAACAGCUUAACAUGGUCUCUACAGACUUUAAAGCCCUGAUCCAGAGGUUUUACCAUCUUCAGUCUGAGCGGGUUGAGACCUAUCGGCUCUUUGAAGAAGGACACGAGGCCUACUUGAGGACAGGGCCCCAGUAUGACUUUGACCACUACAGGCAGCUGGUCCAUGAGAUAACACAGGCCUUCUGCGGCAUCUCCAAGGAAGUGCUGGAGAUCAAGGGGAAGCUGUACCAUGAUUUUGACAGACCAGACCUUUCUGAGCACAUUGAGAUGCUGCAGAGCAAAGAGAAGCAGAAACUUGAACUGACAGCCAAGCUGCAGCUGGCCAGGCAGCGGGCCCAGGAUCACCCUGAGGACGAGGGCUGUGGAGAAAAUAUUCAGGAGAUCAAGCACGAGAUCAUCAAGACCAAAGAAGCUCUGAGUGAAAUCAUGCAGGACUUUAAGUAUGAUUCAGAGGCGUGUGAUUGACAGCCCGACUCCCAGAGGGCCUCGCUUCGCUCGCAUCACGAGACGAGUCGAGCUGACUGCUUCCACUCCUCCUCAGCUGCACUAUCGAUCCCCCCCCAGCUCCACCCUGCUCACUGCUGCAGUCUUAUUCCACCCAGGGGGCUCUUCGCAUUCUGCCGCUGUGUGUUUCUAUCUGGACUCGUGUAGUUUGUGUUAAUGCAUGGCUCAGCAAAAAACAAAAAAGAGAGAGAACAAGAAAAAAAAUCUGCUUGUUUUGUGAUGAAACUUCCUAGAAAGGUGUAUUUUAAGAAGCUCAUCCAGCUAUCUUUGUGAUAAAUUGUAUCUUUUUAAAAAAAAUAGACACUUUACAAGACAAGAUUUACUUCUAACCAACGUAUGCUGCUCUUUACAUUAUACACAGUAUUAGAAUAUAAGUUAAAGACUCAGCAUUCCCUUAAAUAUGCAGGUACAAAAAUAAAAGCAGUUACAAUCUGAGCAGACACAGGACAGUAUGUACAUUCGGGGAUUUCAUUACUCAAACCAACAUCUGUGUUUAGUCAUACUUCAUGUUUGAUUAUUGGCCAUUAACAACGCUGCAGAUUCAUUUAUUUCUCCCUGAACUGUUCGGCUCGUAGUGAUGUGAUAAUGUGCAGAUAAUGAUGAACUGCCAUAAAAACGUUAAUUUCACACAAUUAGAUUUUCUUGGAGAACAAGUGUUUAUCUUGCAUUAAUAUGAAAAUUUGAACUGUUAAAUUAACUUUGGAGAAUAAAUUUGCAGCUACUGA